UGGUGUUAAAAUAAUGUCUUUAGGAUUUCUUCCUCCAUUUUUUUAGACUAUAUAAUUUUAAGUGUUGUCUAGAGAAUGUAGACUACUUCUGAAAACUUUUGAUUUGUUGCACGUGUAGAAACGGUGUAGUGUCCAGUGGCUGUUUAUCUUCAUUGUAAAGCUAACACAAUUAAACAUUACUGUCAGUCUUUUAAUGCUAUCUAGGAUUAGAAAAUAAGUUGUUAGUCAUGAUUGAAGAGAUACUGUAGUUUCUUGUAGGUUAAAUCAGAGAGCAUCUGUCUCAGUGUGGUCUAAAUUUACUAUUUGUAGUGUAGAGUAUUCCUUUUUUGCUUUAUUGAGUGGUUAAAGCUCUGGGAACAGAAAAUUAGUAUUAGGAAUAUAUGUUAACUUAUCUUUUUUCUCAUAGUGCAACAGAUUAAAGAAAAUAGCGACAGUUUAUAUCCUCAGGGUAGCACUGAGAUUGAAUGCAGUAAAAUCUAGGCAUUUUCUUGCAUUUUGUAAGUACGUUUUAGGGUGGGGGAGGGGAUUACAAAAUGAACAUUUCACAGCUAAAGUGGAGGAGGGGCUCUAUUGUAAUGAGGCAUAUUCCUUUGUUAAUGUUUGCUAGGUAAAUUCAUUUGGUCCAUUGGUUUUCUGACAGGGUUUCUGGGAGAUUAUUUUGGGUUAAGGAUGCAAUUUAUCCAGAGUCUAAAUUUACUUUCAGCCCCCUAACAAAUGUUGGAAUUGAGUUGAAUUUAAUCACCUUUCCCUUCCCUGCCUUCUGGUGGAGAGUUGUUAAAUGAACAGGAAAAUGGCCAGAAGAUACACAGCAGGAGUUGAAAGGAAGACCUGAUUUAUCCACAACUGGAUGAUCUUCUUAGACUACAUAUUGCCAGUUCCCAACAUUGUCAACAUUAACUCAAUUUGUUGCUGAUGUGUAGUCAUGAUGAGCGGAUUAGGAGACAACUCCUUGGAUCCACUGGCCCCAGAUUCACGAAAACGCAAAUUGCCAUGUGAUACCCCAGGACAAGGUCUUACCUGCAGUGGUGAAAAGUGGAGACGGGAGCAAGAGAGUAAAUAUAUUGAAGAAUUGGCUGAACUGAUAUCUGCUAAUCUUAGUGAUAUUGACAAUUUCAAUGUCAAGCCAGAUAAAUGUGCAAUUCUAAAGGAAACAGUAAGACAGAUCCGACAAAUAAAAGAGCAAGGAAAAGCUAUUUCCAAUGAUGAUGAUGUUCAGAAAGCUGAUGUAUCUUCUACAGGACAGGGGGUUAUUGAUAAAGACUCCUUAGGACCACUUUUACUUCAGGCAUUGGAUGGUUUCCUGUUUGUGGUGAAUCGUGAUGGAAACAUUGUAUUUGUGUCAGAAAAUGUCACACAAUACCUGCAGUAUAAACAAGAAGACCUGGUUAACACAAGUGUUUAUAGUAUCUUGCAUGAAGAAGACAGAAAAGAUUUUCUCAAAAACUUACCAAAAUCUACAGUUAAUGGAGUUGCCUGGACAAAUGAGACCCAGAGACAAAAAAGCCAUACAUUUAAUUGCCGUAUGUUGAUGAAAACACCACAUGAUAUUCUGGAAGACAUUAACACUAGUCCUGAAAUGCUCCAGAGAUACGAAACAAUGCAGUGCUUUGCCCUGUCUCAGCCACGAGCUAUGAUGGAGGAAGGGGAAGAUUUGCAGUCCUGUAUGAUCUGUGUGGCCCGCCGCAUUACUUCAGGAGAAAGAACAUUUGCAUCAAACCCUGAGAGCUUUAUUACUAGACAUGAUCUUUCAGGAAAAGUUGUUAAUAUUGAUACAAAUUCACUGAGAUCCUCCAUGAGGCCUGGCUUUGAAGAUAUAAUCCGAAGAUGUAUCCAGAGAUUUUUUAGUCUUAAUGAUGGGCAGUCAUGGUCCCAGAAACGUCACUAUCAAGAAGCUUAUAUCCACGGCCAUGCAGAAACCCCACUGUAUCGAUUCUCCUUGGCUGAUGGAACUCUCGUGACUGCACAGACAAAAAGCAAACUCUUCCGAAAUCCUGUAACGAAUGAUCGCCAUGGCUUUGUCUCAACCCACUUUCUUCAGAGGGAACAGAAUGGGUAUAGACCAAACACGAAUCCUGUCGGGCAAGGCGUUAGACCUCCAGCGACUGGAUGCAACAGUUCGGUAGGUGGAAUGAGCAUGUCGCCAAGCCAAGGCUUACAGAUGCUGAGCGGCAGAACUUACGGCUUGGCUGACCCCAGCACCACAGGGCUGGGUGGAGCGAGGUACGGGGCUUCCAGUAACAUGGCCUCAGUGAACCCUGGACCAGGCAUGCAGUCACCGUCUUCCUACCAGAACAACAACUAUAGUCUCAACAUGAAUAGCCCUCCACAUGGAAGUCCUGGUCUUGCUUCCAACCAGCAGAAUAUCAUGAUUUCUCCUCGUAAUCGUGGGAGUCCAAAGAUGGCCUCACAUCAGUUUUCUCCUGUUGCAGGUGUGCAUUCUCCCAUGGGUUCCUCAGGCAAUCCUGGGAGCCACAGCUUCUCCAGCAGCUCUCUCAGUGCCCUUCAAGCCAUCAGUGAGGGUGUGGGGACUUCGCUUCUGUCUACUCUGUCUUCACCAGGCCCCAAAUUGGAUAACUCUCCCAAUAUAAAUAUAACUCAACCAAGUAAGGUGAACAGUCAGGAUUCCAAAAGUCCCCUUGACUUGUAUUGUGACCAGAAUCCAGUGGAGACUUCAAUGUGUCAGUCAAAUAGCAGGGAUCACCUCAGUGACAAAGAAAAUAAGGAGAGCAGUGUUGAAGGGUCAGAGAAUCAAAGGGGUCCCCUGGAAAGCAAAGGUCAUAAAAAAUUACUGCAGUUACUUACCUGUUCUUCUGAUGACCGGGGUCAUUCCUCCUUGACCAACUCCCCUCUGGAUUCAAGUUGUAAAGACUCUUCCAUUAGUGUCACCAGUCCCUCUGGUGUCUCUUCUUCCACGUCUGGAGGAGUAUCCUCCACGUCCAAUAUGCAUGGGUCACUGCUGCAAGAGAAGCACCGGAUUUUGCACAAGUUGCUACAGAAUGGCAACUCCCCAGCUGAAGUAGCCAAGAUUACCGCAGAAGCCACAGGGAAGGACACCAGUAGCACUUCAUCUUGUGCAGAGGGAAAUGUCAAGCAGGAGCAACUGAGCCCUAAGAAGAAGGAAAACAAUGCACUUCUUAGGUAUCUGCUGGACAGGGAUGAUCCUAGUGAUGCUCUCUCUAAAGAACUGCAGCCCAAAGUGGAGGGCGUGGACAGUAAAGUGAGUCAGUGCAGCAGCUCCAACGUUCCCAGCUCCAGUCAAGAGAAAGACUCUAAAAUUAAGACAGAAACCAAUGAAGAGGGAUCUGGAGACUUAGAUAAUCUAGAUGCUAUUCUUGGUGAUCUAACUGGUUCUGACUUCUACAAUAAUUCCAUAUCCACAAAUGGUAGUAGUUUGGGAACCAAGCAACAGAUGUUUCAAGGACCUAAUUCUCUGGGUUUGAGGAGUCCGCAGUCUGUGCAGUCUAUUCGUCCUCCAUAUAACCGAGCGGUGUCUCUAGAUAGCCCUGUUUCUCUUGGCUCCAGUCCUCCAGUAAAGAAUACCAGUGCUUUCCCGAUGUUACCAAAGCAACCCAUGUUGGGUGGGAAUUCAAGAAUGAUGGAUGGUCAGGAAAACUAUGGCUCAAAUAUGGGUGGACCAAACAGAAAUGUGACUGUGAAUCAGACUCCUUCCUCAGGAGACUGGUGCUUACCCAACUCAAAGGCCAGCAGAAUGGAACCUCUGAGCUCAAACUCCAUGGGAAGAGCAGGGGCGGAGUAUAGUUCUCCCCUACCCAGACCUGCAGUGGGCUGCCCAGUGCCCGCCAUGCCUCUGCGGUCCAAUAGCAUCCCAGGUGCACGGCCAGUGUUGCAGCACCAGCACACACAGCAGCAGAUGCCUCAAAUGAGGCCUGGUGAAAUUCCCAUGGGGAUGGGGGUUAGUCCUUAUGGCCAAGCAGCACCAUCUAACCAAUCAGGUUCCUGGCCAGAUGGCAUGUUGUCCAUGGAACAAGGCCCUCAUGGGACUCAAAAUAGGCCAGUUCUUAGGAAUUCCCUCGAUGAUCUCCUUGGGCCACCUUCUAACCUGGAAGGCCAGAGUGAUGAAAGAGCUUUGCUGGACCAGCUGCAUACUCUCUUGAGCAACACAGAUGCCACAGGCCUGGAGGAAAUUGACAGAGCUCUGGGCAUCCCUGAACUUGUAAAUCAAGGACAGGCUUUGGAGCCCAAACAGGAUACCUUCCAAGGCCAAGAAGCGGCUACAAUGAUGGAUCAGAAGGCAGCAUUAUAUGGGCAGACAUACCCGGCACAGGGGCCUUCAAUGCAAGCCAGCUUUAAUCUUCCAGGACAAUCACCAUCUUAUAACUCUAUGGUGAAUCAGAUGAGCCAGCAAGGCAGUUUUCCUCUCCAAGGAAUGCACCCUAGGGCCAACAUCAUGAGGCCCCGGACAAACACCCCCAAGCAACUUAGAAUGCAGCUCCAGCAGCGGCUGCAGGGCCAGCAGUUUUUGAAUCAGAGCCGCCAGGCACUUGAAAUGAAAAUGGAAAACACCACUGCUGGUGGUGCUGCAGUGCUAAGGCCCAUGAUGCAGCCCCAGAUAAAUUCCCAGCAGGGUUUUCUUAAUGCCCAGAUGGUUGCUCAGCGCAGCAGAGAGCUGCUGAGCCAUCACUUCCGACAGCAGAGGGUGGCGAUGAUGAUGCAGCAGCAGCAGCAGCAGCCGCCACCGCAGCAAACGCAGGCCUUCAGCCCGCCCCCUAAUGUGACCGCCACCCCCAGCAUGGAUGGGGUUCUGGCAGGGCCGGCAAUGCCACAGGCACCAACCCAGCAGUUCCCGUAUCCACCAAAUUAUGGAAUGGGACAACAGCCAGAUCCAACUUUCGGUCGAGUGUCUAGUCCUCCCAGUGCAAUGAUGUCAUCAAGAAUGGGUCCCUCUCAGAAUCCCAUGAUGCAGCACCCUCAGACUGCACCCAUGUAUCAGUCCUCGGAAAUAAAGGGCUGGCCGUCAGGAAAUCUGGCUAGGAACAGCUCCUUUUCCCAGCAGCAGUUUGCCCACCAGGGAACUCCUGCAGCGUACAGUAUGGUGCACAUGAAUGGCAGCAGUGGUCCCAUGGGACAGAUGAACAUGAACUCCAUGCCCAUGUCUGGCAUGCCCAUGGGUCCUGAUCAGAAAUACUGCUGACAUCUCUAUACCAGGACCUUCAAUGAAAUCACUGUACAAAUGACACUGUGCUAGGAUUAUCAGGAGUAAAGAGUCACUGUUCUAGGAACCCAGCUUUGAAGGAUGGACCAGCUUUGAUUGCCUUCCAGGGUAUUCCAAGUGAUGCCAUUUGAACAGGACUGUAUUCUAAGCUGAAGUAUGAUAUCUUCCUGUUUUUUUUCCCCCUCUUUCUGUGUAUCAUGGAGUUCAAAACAUAUUUUUGGUGUUCUGCUUCUUAGGGAUGUGAUUCUGGAGGUAUGGAGUGUUACUGAUCACAAAAGUCCUGUGUCACUUCUUUCUGCCUGGCUAUCCAUAGUCUUUCAAAUAAAUGUAGGUGGGCCAGAGGACGUUGGAGAAACAGAGGACAUCUGGUUUCUGUACUUAAGAGUAUUGGACAGAGCGUAGUCCCAGUCUACACGAUUUUGUCACUACCAGGUAGCUCUGUGUUGACCCUCUGUCCCGUGGAAUUGGCAUUUCCAAGUUCUUGUCCUUUAAUGAUAGUGUUGAAUUGCUGUGAUCCUAGGAACCUGUUGUUCUAGGCUUUUUCUUAACUAGGAUUUUCAUCGUCCUGAUGUUUUGUAAUGCUUCACUUACAGGAAUCGUCCUUGAUGUCAAAUGGCUUUUGCAUAAAGCAAAAUGAGAUGACAGUAUUUAAUUGCAGCAGUAGCAAUUUUUCACAUGCUAAUGUGCAGCCAAGUGCACUUUAUUUAAGAAAUGAUGGAUAAAUGCAAUAUUCUGAGGUCUUGAGGAAUGAUGAACCACAUUCCUGGUUUUUGUCUAAACUAAUAUGUUGGGCAAGAACUGUGAUUUUUGUUGUUCUUGUUGAAAGUUUUGGUGUCACCCUUAGCCUAUAUGGUAGAGCAAUAAUGCUUUUUGAAAAUAAACUGCAGAAAAUCCAAGGCCAGAUACUGCAUUCUGAAUCAGAAUCUCGCAGUGUUUCUGUGAAUAGAUUUUCUUUUGUAAAUACGACCUUUAAGAUACUGUAUUAUGUAAAAUAUGUACAUACCUUUUUUGUAGGUCACAACAACUCAUUUUUACAGAGUUUGUGAAGCUAAAUAUUUAACAUUGUUGAUUUCUGUAAGCUCAGUGUGGUGAGGUUACAAACUGAAGAGAUAAACCCUGAAUUUUGUGGCCGGGGCAGGGACAGCGGUUCACCACUUAUCCUUCCCCAGCCUUUGAGGCCUCGCUCUUUUCAAUCUCUCAAUCCAAACACUUUUUAAAGAGAUCAUUUGUUUAGAUGUAGGCAUUAAAAAAAAAAAAUUUUUUUUUUAAAUUCCUCUACCAGAACUAAGCACUUUGUUAAUUUUGGGGUAAAGAGUAGAUACAGGGGAAAAAAAAUGUAUCAAGAAUUUAAAUAGAGCAAACAAUUUGAUUUAAAAAGAAUCUUGGAUUUUAAGUGGUCUAUAAACAAUAGCAAUUCAUGUUUUUUUAAAAAAAUUGAAUGGUGUCUUUUCAUCCAUUUUAAGAGUGCUGCUCUAAGGUUUGGUUGCUAGAACCUGAAUCCCACAUUGAGAUCUCAGAAGUGGAAUCCUUGAUGUGUGGCUUCUGGUGUCUGCUCUGCUGUCUUGUCAUUUUACUGUGUGAUGUUUUCAUUGCCCCUGAGAAUUAGAAUAGUGUCAUGGUUAUUUAAGGAGCUCAGUCUCCAAAGCAGCCAGUUUUGCAUAAUUCAAAGCUAUGGUCUGACUGAGUGCCUUUGCACUCCUUCCCUCUCCUGCCGCUGCCCCUUUCUGCUGUUGCCACUCCUGUUGCCACUCCUUGUUACUUGUUCUGGUUAGUUGGGAAUAAGGAAAAAAAAAAUCAAGUCUAAUUCUCUUUAUCUGCUCUUUUAGGUUUAAGUAGUUGAAUAAAAUUGGGUUUUUUGAGUAUCUGAAUUUCAAAUGUCUCUGCUAGCCUUGGUGUAAUUUCCUAGCAAUAAUUGAAAGCCAGUUAAUUUUUUUCUAUUUCACACAUUUAGCCAGUCUCUCUAGGUGUCUCAUUCUGAAGGUAAGAUCAUUUAAUUUCUUUGACUUAUGAGUAAGUGAAACCUGUAUUUCUAGAACCAUCACUAGAGUGGAGUUGAGUUUGGCACCCCUUAAUCCCUGCCCACCACCCAGUUAAAAAUAAAUCUAAGAUUGUAAGUCCACCAACUUCCAUCAUAGUGGCCUGUACUUUUUCAGAUAACAUAUUUUGCUGUCUGGAGGCAGAGGCAUAGCUGAGUAUGAGUCUCUGUCUUUUUAGACACAGUUGUGGCAGGUGUGCCUGAACUCUCAUUUAAGUCAUGUCUGCGUGGGAGAAAUAGAAUGGUGCUUACCUUUCUUGACUUUCAAAAAUUAAAAACAAGAAAAAAUAUAACAUUUUGUGAUUCUUUUCCUCAAUCCUGAUGCCAGGCUAACUGGAAGCAGGGCCCCUUUUUAUAUGGAAAAAAAUGUUUUUAUAUCUUCUACUUGUUCCUUUUAUUGGUGCAAACUUAAGAUUUUGGUUUUCUUUUAAUGGAGGCAGUCUUUAAGAAAUUGGUUGUUUUUACUUUUAUUGUCUUUUUCUCUUUUUUGGAUAAUUCUUUGUACUCCUGCUGCUUACCUCCUUUACCCCGUCUCUUUUUUUAAACCUUGGUAUUUUUUGGGUGAAUAGUACUAUGAGUAAUCUUUUCAUCUGCUUUUAGAAUGUGAGAUAUUUCCAGUACCUACUUUUUUGCUGAAUCCAAAGAUAUAUAAAUAUAUAUAUUUUAUAAAGAUCAAAAAUGAUAUGAGACACGUUUCUUCCUUUAAAAAAACAAGUAGAAAUUCAUUGUAAUGUUAUAUCAUAUUCCUAAAUUGUGCAUCGUGAUGGAAGGUGUAAAUAUCAAUCAAUAGGACUGCUUAAUCAGUAUGUAAUAUCUAAGGUGAGUUGGGGGUGUCCAGGGGUGGGUACUGCGGGAACACAGUUGGCUCUUCUUUGAUCCAGAGGUAGAUGCAGCUGGACAGUAAACAGAAUGGAUUGCCAGUUACCCAUAUGCCUGUCCAGUUACCUUUUUAUUUGCAGAAGCCAUGUGUUUUGUGCACAAGUGGGGAAUUCACAGGAGUAAAACCUCUAGGAUAGAUGGCAUUUCCCCCCUGCUACAGAGGAGCAAGAACUGUUCUGCUCCAAAGUGAACUAUUUAAUAAUGAGCAGGGUGUUUUUCUUUCCUUCUUUCUCUUUCCAAUAUAUGGAAUCUUGAAGAAGAUGGAAAUGUCAUUCUGAGAGCAAUAUUUACAUUCUCAGGAAUUGACUUUAUAGUAUUGAGAAUGAAUUCAGUUUCAAUCAAGUUUACAUUAAAUGUUGUUUAAAACAUCUGUCAUUCUUACACUGCAGAGAACUCAAACAUAUGGGAUAACUUCUGAGAUGGGUGGGAAGCUAUGACUGCUUUGCUGAUCAUUUUAGAUGUCACUGUAAAUAAAGUUUCUAUUUAAAAUUGA